AUAUAUUGUCCGAAAUGAUGAUUAUGACCGCAAUGUCAAAUAUUGGCAACACGAUAGAGUUCACAUACCCUCAAUUAACUUGUCCAGAAGCGGUUCGCACAAUCCUGGAAUACAUCUUAUUGUUCUGUGUUCGAGGGGAACACAUAAUUGAAUGUGAAUGA